GACUAGCGAUUGGAAUGCGGAACUGUCUGAACACAAACAUCCCUUUCGUCGCACGCGCUUUUUGACCCGCCGCCGCGCCGCCGCCUCCGCCGCCUCGCUCCGCACAGCCAGCCAGCGGCCCUCCAAUCCCAUAAUGCAUUAUUGAGCGCCUACGCACAUGCGCAGUGGCUGCGCUCCGUGUCCUGGGUCGCAGGCGACAAGCUGCAAGUUUGUGUUGUGUGGUCAGUUUGGGCCCAGACACAACCGCUCCCAUGUCAAGGAAAGCCAUAGUACAGGAUUCCCUGGAGGUCUACCAUGUCUCAUCCCCGCUGUGCUGAAUGGAUACUGGAAACCAUCGAUCAGCUGCGGAAACGCAAAGCGAGACCUGACCUGCAGCGUAUUUGCCACAUGGUAAAGCGCCGAUUCGGCUUGAGUUUUCGCGAAACGGAAGCUAAUAUAGAAAAACUAGUCGAUUCGGAAACCGUAAUCAAAGUCGAUUACAAAGGCAGCACCAGUUACAGAAACGCUGCCAAGUGGAAGAAAAGCCAUCUAGAAGGUGUCGUUUUGAAUUCUAAGGCUGCCAGGAAAAAAUUGCUGGAAGCAGUGCGGACACUGAGCUGUUCGCACGAUAAACAUUCGGCGAGUAACACGAUCGGAAGACAAGGCGUGACCGAAGAAGAAAUAUCGAGCUGGCUGGAGGAAAACUUUGAAGGUUUUCAUGAACUGAAAAGUCCCUUGGCAAGCAUUCUGCUGAGGGAAGUUGAGUCCGGACGCCUAGAGAAAGUAUCAGACGGGUCGUACGUGUUUGUGGAAAAACACACAGACAGCAUGAAAACUGCCAAAACUUCUGUUUCCUCCCCUCACUCAGGCUCCAGUGGCCUCCACAAGAGUUCCUCUGUGCCUGCAAGGCGCGGUAGGCCUCCAAAAAACAAAAAGAAGCUGAAGAAGAGUUUUGGCUUUGAGAUGGAGGCACCAGAGUUGGAACGACGACCAAUUUUUCAGCCAGACCAGCGAUGUGACUACUGCCAUCAGACAGCCAAUCACAACACAAAAGGAGUCUUUGAAGCUCUUCUGGUUUGCAAAGACUGCACAGCUAAAGCUCACCCUUCCUGCAUGGACUACUCUGAUGAGCUAAGCAUGCGGGCCCGGAAAGGACCAUGGCAGUGCAUUGACUGCAAAACGUGUUACAUAUGUCAAGAUGCUGGUGAUCCAGAUUUGAUGCUGUUCUGUGAUGGCUGUGAUAAAGGGUUCCAUAUGAAUUGCCACAAUCCUCAAGUGAUGGAAAAGCCAUCAGGGAAGUGGGUGUGUUUAGAGUGCACGGAGGAUGGUGUUGUGGCAGAAGAGUUGGAGAGGAAAGAGCAAGAACGAGGGAUGGAGCUCGUGGAGGAGAGAGAACAGGAAAUAGAGCAUGAAGCUGCCAGCCCCCCUUCUGACCUCCCACCCUUCCCAGCACAAGGCCUAGUCAAACACAAAUCAGGCUCAGGUUUGCCACCCACACCUGCUGAGUCACCUACAGAAGAAGCAGGUGCAAGAUUUGAAAGAGCUGACCAGGGUCCAUCUCGACGGAAAUUAUCCAAGGUUCCAAGACUUAUUGGCAAUACAUAUCCUGAUGCAUCAGACUGGUCCAUUGAUGACGUGGUCCAUUUCUUUACCUCUGCAGGUUUCUCAGAACAGGCACUCGCAUUCCGAGACCAGGAAAUUGAUGGCAAGUCCCUUCUACUGAUGAAGAGAAGUGAUGUACUGACGGGUUUAUCCAUCAAACUGGGUCCAGCUCUCAAAAUCCAUCGCCAUGUUCAGAGGCUUCAAAUGGCAGGGAUGCGAACUGGGUCUCCAGCAUAAUGAUACAGAGGUUGCAAGGAGUCUGAACAUUUUUUUCCAACAUACGUGUGAUGGCAGCUAAGCUAUUGUGACACUGUGUAGAGGAGUUGAGAGCAGCUAAGAUGUCCUGAUGCUGGAUAUCUUCCAGAUCGGUACAGGAUGAGACUCUGGUGGUGUAGACAAAGGGAGAGCAGCUGUGCUAAUGCAGGAUAACUUCCAAAUGUGUACGAGAUGGCAGCUAAAGAGCAAGAAUGCAUGUCUUGUGACUUGUCUGUUGCUUGAGCGGAUCUUUAAACACCAGGAAACAGAAUGUGUUGACAGCAGACAUAAUUUGGAUUGCCAUACUCAGCAGGCAAAUGUUUAUGAAUGAUCCAGAUUCCGAAUAUUGUUGCAUGAAAUCAUCACUGUUGUUAAAAAAGUGAAUGAUGUGCCAUUAUUACUUAAACCUUUCUUAAGCAUGUUUUGUUUGAAGUUAGACCUGCAGACAGUUAAAAAAAUGGACUUAGAUGUGUGCUUGAUGAAAUUCGCUCAGGCCAAAUUGGACACACAAUUGAUGUGCUACAUUGUGAGUGAUGUAGCAGCCUUUUGCAUGUCAAGUGAUAUUAGGAGAAAACAGUGUUGUGCUCAAAUAAACAAUUUCUCCUCAAAAAGUGGAAACAGUUUCUGUAUAAAGUUCACCUAUGAAGAAUGUUAUUUGAUGUAAGUUAUUUUCCAGCAUGUGCAUUCUAUAGAUGUUCAACUUGAGACACUCGAGAAAAGGAUCGUCUCUUAAAAAGCAUCUUUUGCCAUGCCAGCUUUGACGCAAACAGUGUAGCAAGCUGCUUUUCUGUACUCACAAAGUGGGAAGGUUAUUUUUAUUUGCUUUGUAUCAUUUCAUGCAUAAUUUUGAAUGCACGCAGGUGUAUUGUUCAUAUUUUUUUCCUGGGCAAACAGUUAUAUUGUGCUCAGGAGAUCAUUUAUAAGAACGGGGCUAAGACCUAUGAGGUUACCUAGUGAUGAUGAGUCGUGCACUAUUUCUUCUUUAGAGGUCCUUUAUCUUGCAUUGGCUUGCAGCAGGUCAGGUCAGACACUGUGUAUGAGGCUACUUCAACUAACGGAGAAUCUUUAGAAAAAAGGAGCUCACAGCUGUUCAGUUUGCCUUGCUGAAGAUGUCCCUGAAAUAGCCAUGCUAGUCAGAUAACUUGCAAAAUCAUUGCCAGCAUGAUGCAAAUGAAUUUUAUGUUCUGUAGUUAAGUUUGACAAAGCACUUUUGUGAUGUUACAUUUUUUCUCUUAUUACUACUUUCUAGCAGCCAUGUGCAUACUGUUCUUGAUAGUGUAUGUGUGUAUGAGAGGACAUCCAUAUAGAUGGAUGGAUAUGCAUCCAUGGCAGUGUGUAUAGCAUCAUGCAUGCUACGCUGGCAGCAACACAAGUUUAUGUACUCUGCGUACUCCAUCACUGAUGUGCAAAGGAAACGUUUUUUUUUCCAGAUUCAUCCCUAAAAAAAAAAAUUGUUUACUGGAGAUAGGGAUCUGCAAUGUUGUUGAACUCUGGGUUCUGUGAACUCCUCAAGAAUUGUUAAUCAUUAGAAAGUCCUGAGUAUUGGUCAGUUCAUCUGUCAGUCUAUUCUAAAUGUGGAAUCUGUCUCUAAAUGAUGUCUGCUGUCUGUGAACUGAUCUUUGAUCCCUUAUUUGUGAUAUCUUUGGUGAUGGUAUCUCAUUUUUUCAUUAUGAUCAUUAAAUGCAUGUUAAUUUUUUUGCCAGAUAUGUACUCAGCUUUAGAGGACAUGAAGAUGAAAAAAAUCUGGUAAACCAUGAUAUAUCAUUGUACUGUCUCAUAUAUAAAUUAAAAAUUUUCCUGCAUUGCAGCACAGACUCUUAAAACACCCACACAAACACGGACCUUAACACUCACAAACUUAGUAAUCCAGUCUGCAGAAUAAGCAUAUUUCAAGACCCCCCCCCCCCCCCCCCUGUACAGCUCAAAAGGGUUCGUACAUUUCUCAAUCAGGCUUGGAAAUGUACUCCAUAUUGUUGAAGGCUACAUAAUGGAAACUUCUGUGGCCAAAAACAGUCAGUUGCUUGAUGAAUGUGGAGUCUGGAAUGGACAACAAUCACAAGAGAGGGAAGAAUAACAUAGGGGUAGCUUUCGUUAAAGUAUUGAAAUUCCAGUAGGGCUAGCUUGUACUGCAGGCGUAGUUUAAGUCAAUGUCAUUGCUUUGAAAGUGGAGGGUAGGGGGGCAAGAUGUGAUGGAAUUCACUUCUGUAGUAUCCCAAGCUACACUAUUCUGACUUAAACAGUUGCCCCUUUACCCACCCAGAAACGGUGUGCAUCAGUAAAGGUUAAUGAAGACUAAGGGGAAGGAUGUCUUCAUUUCAUAGGCCAUGACCAACCUUUUACAUUUCUUUGCCUUUAUGGACACCCAAGAUGCUAGACAGGCCUGUUCUUGGCCCUCGACGCCACAGCUUUAAUCAAAAGUGUGGGAACUAGGUCGAUGCCUUGUCUCCCUGUCCCUAAGCAUGGCCCUGGUGCUAGGACUUUAUUUUUUACCUUACUGCUUGCAAUCCUUGUAGAGCUGAAUAUUUUACUUUUUGAAUCUCAGAGAUGACACCUGUGUUCACCAAAAGCAAGUUUCUUAGCAGUUGUCAGCAUGAUAAAGCUCAGUUUAUGGAUCCUGAGAUGUGAAAGGUAAUAUUCUUUCAGCCCUUUAGUGUUUAUUACAAGUAGUUUUUAUGGAAUAAUCGGUUCUAUCGAUCAUUCUCAGUAGUUGUAAAUGAUGCCUAGACAAAUUUGUUCAUGUAGUGCAAAAGUAAAUACAUUUCCUAACUUUCAUCUUUUGGGAAAGUGGCAUCUGUAACUCAGUAGUAAGUAGCUUGUUUUAUAUGCCUAGGGAAAUCUAAAGUUCGCAUUCUGGAGCACCUGACUGUUGUGCAAGAAAUAUCAGAUGGUCUGAUCUUAAUUUUCCAAUUUAUAUCAGCACGAUCUUUCUGCAUUCAGAUGUUGUAGUCAUACUAAGAUUGUUGUUAGGUCAUUGCUUCUCCCUCUUGGCUCUGUGGUUUGUUUUCAGAUGGAGAAUGAUAGUCCACAGCUAUUGCUCAAAGUCCUAGAUGUGUGUGAGCUGUGUCAGUGCCCUGUUGUUUCUUUUGGCUUCCAAUUUAAUAAGAGCCUAGGUCUCUGGACCUGACAUGCAGUGCACUGUGAGUGAUGACUUCGUUUUCUGGUCAGUUGCUUGAAGGGCAAUCCACUUGGCCUGGUUUGGGUUAGUUGAUAGGUGUUGACAUAAAGUGGGUGUAAACUCACCUAGCAGCAGAUAGCGUUAUAAUUUUUAUGAACUGGUUUGAUUGCUGUUUUCUUUGUUAGGGAAGUCAGUAGACACUGCCUGAGCCUUGGGGUUCUGAUUCCUUUUACACCCAGGUGAUACUGUGUUCAUUCAUACAUUCCUUUUCUAUAGGUUUUUUUUUUUAAGGUCUUCCACAUUUCUCCUCAUUCACUUCACUAUGCAUGCCUGCUGAUGUCACAUGGUACAUCACAGUCUGCUCCCUGCAAGUAUUUAGAAGUGCUUAGCAUUUUCUUGCAGCUUGUGGGAAGGAAUCUCAUUGUCAUGCAUACAAAUUAAUUAAAGCUGCUUUGAAACUGUCCAAAAUUGCAUGUUUUGCACAGCUUCUUGUGAUGUCAAAUGGGCAUCAGCUGUUUGUAUUGGCUGUUGGUUUAAGCUGAAGCACUGUAUUUUUUGUGCUUGCUGCAUACUACUUUUUGAUUCACUUGGAAUGGGUUGUGUGUCUGCACCCUGACCACUGGAAUAGCAACACCUUGUCAGGACCAUCUACUUCUCACAGGAGAAAAAAGUCUGGCGUGAAAUGCAGAAUCCUCAUCUGAUAAUUGUAUUACUAACACAAGUGCAGUCAAAAACAUUUUGUUGUAUGAAAACAAUGCAAGUUAACAAACAACUUGCUGGCGAGUUCCCCUUUGAAUUAGUACGUUCUUUAUUGGGUUUACUUGUGACCUUCAGCUCAUUUGUAUUAAAAUGGGAUUUAUGACCUGGAGGUUGUUUAAUCCAUCAGUCUCAUCUUUUGUUAUAUUCACCAUAUCUUUGACAUCAUAUGAUGAUUUUAUUGUUGACUCAUUUUACACACAGUAGUCGUAAGGUUAGAUCUGGCUUUUUCUUUAAAUCCAGUUGAGUACAGUUAUGUGUCAAUGAUGUUAAUAGAAAUGCAUCACUAGACAAUUUUGUUGUGUGAACAUCAUAGCAUGUACAUGUAUAUGGUCUAUAGCAGACCAAACUAUUGCUAUGUGGUGCAUGAUUGUAUGCAAAUCACAGCAAAUUCAGUUUCAAGACUGUGCCAUACCUCCAUCUUUUGGUUCAUCCUGUCAAAACAGGGAACAUAAUCCAAGAUGUUUGCCCUAAAUAAAUCCAUAAAAUAUGUCAGUCUUGCCCCAUGUUGUGGCUGAGUUAAUAAAAUGUUAAACAGUUGAGUUAACCAGUUCAUCUAUUAUCAUACAAUGGCACUUGUAACAUUUACGAUAUUUCAUUCUCGAUCUUAUUCAGGCCAAUAUUACAUAAUAUUAGCGAAUAACGAUUUUUAAAUUUUGGCCAACCAGAAAGUGCUGUUAGGCAGAUUGUUAAUAUUGUUUCUAAAAACUGGCAGGUUUGCAAUAAACUGUUUUUAUCUGAAA